UUCCCUUUACAUCAAACUUGUGCUCUUGUUCCAAACAACCACCACAACAACACAAACAAAGCUCAAGUCUUUCUUGCAAUCGCACGCAAACAACAUCAUCAAAACCAGCUAAGUUCACCACCCACUCUCAAAUCAAUCCAAUCAUCAUGUCUCCGACAUCAAACAAAGAAGAUACUGACUUUCUGGCGACAGUGGGCGUUCCAACUGCUGCUGCUCCUCCGCCAGGUGGAUAUCUAGCUAGUUUUCUUAGAAUGUAUCCUAUCCCAACAAAUAGCGAAACAAAUAGCGAAACGAAUAGCGAUCAUGUACAUAGCGACAGCAGUAGCAGCAGGGGAGUGAAGAGGAAGAGGCAGGAGGAGGAGGAGGAGGAGGAGGAGGAGGCGGAGAGUCUGGAGGAUUUCCUGAGCAAGGUGUGUGAGAGAGUGUGGCGGGAGGUGCAGGAGGAGGAGCAGCAGCGGCGGCAGCAGGAGGAGCUGGACAGGGAGAUUGAGGAGCAGGAGAGGUAUGUGGAGCAGCUGGAGAGGGAGUACGAGGAGGAGUAUUUGGAGGAUGAGUAUGCGGAGUGGCAGGAGUGGCGGGAGCGGGUGAGGAAGGCGGCGGAGGAUGAGAAGGCUGGGAAGAAGAAGAGGAGGGAGGUGAAGAAGCGGAGGGUGGGGUGUUGUAAGCAUGUCGGUACUAGAUUUGGUCGUUUCUUGCUUGGUUGAUUUGGGUUUGGUUUUGGAUUUGGAUUGGGUUUGGUUGGUUCUUCGGGCCUGUAAAGUAAACCGGGUACCUUUUCCCCACUGGGGUUUUUAACGGCCCGUAGAAUCCGCCAAAUACAAGCGUUUGAAAGCGAAAGUUGGUUUGCUUUUGCGAUGUUCGUGUACUUUGGCUAGUUGUGCCUG